AUGCCUUCGCUACCUCAUAUCAAAUCUCGGGCUAGGCUUCUUCUUAGAAUGAAGGACAAGGAUAGCAGCAGGGACAGCAGAAAGGACAGCGCCAUGCAAUUACUCCUAACCGAGGACGGAGCCCCCAAUUCCAGCUCUAGAUCUAGCUCUACGGAGGGGGACACCAAGGAGACGCAGAACGCAGGCGCGAAAGAGGAAACCCCUGCCCAACCCCAACCACUGCUAGUAUUUGUAUUAGGCCCACCAUGCGCCGGGAAGAGCAUCCUAUGCCGCAACCUUGCCUUCGCCUACGACUUCCACCAUGUAGCCGUCGACGACGAACUCUGCGAUCUCGCCAACCUUACACCGUCCGGCCCCGCCGCGCUUGUCCUGCCUUAUCACUACCCCGACAAGUUCAUUCUCCACCUCCGUUCGCGACUGCGAGCCGGGCUCCAGCUUGGCACCGACAUGCCUGCCGAGUACAUACUGCGGCAAGCGCUUCUAGCAAACGACGAUCCGUCGAAAGUGCGCCUGGUGAUCGAAGGCUAUCCUUUCUCCGUCCCAGACUGGCACGCUUUCAGAAAAUGGCUCUGUGGUCCUCAUAAAUAUCGGGAGCCGAAUGAGAAGACUGCGGUGAUCGUGCUGCACGCGAAGAAAGAGAUUGCGUAUUCACGAUUCCUUGACCAAGGGGGAGAAGAGGAGUUUUUCGAAGAGCGAUGGGCCGAACAUGAAAACUAUAUCGGUGGGAUCUUACAGGAGAUGCACUUUGAACACAUCCGACGGGGUGUACAGCUCGUGCAGAUACAAGAGAAAGAGAACGUGGACGUUCAGGAGAUGGUUGAUACCGUGUUCAAGAAGUUGGAAAAGAUGCCCACCUGGGAGAUACCCCAGUGGCAGAUAGGGCUUCCAGGAACGGCGGUGGCGUGGCAUAUGGAUCGUUUUAUGGGCAGGACCGAGGCUACGUACUGGCGGUAG